UGCUCAAAACAUCUUUUGUAGGCCAGAAAAGUCCUUGAGGAGACUAAGCGAGAUGCAGAGUUACAUCAUGCAGCAUGCAAUUUCAAGAAAAGACCUGGACARAUGUAUUUUUUGUAUCGAAGAGAAAAUCAGACAACUUAUUUUUCGAUGUUGUCACCUCAGGAUUGGGGUUCAACUUGUCCUCACGAGUUCCUUGGUGCUUACAAGCUUGAGGCAGAUAUGUCAUGGACUAAAGCAGAAGAUGUUGCUAAAAGAAGCAAAGAUAUUCAAAUGGUUGAUCAUUUAUUGUCUUCUCAAGUCCCAGCAAUACAGUAUGUCAUGGAGACACCUAGCAAUGGAAUUAACCACUCAUCAGAGAAAAUAGCAAUGAUUGAAAAAGAAACCUUUUCAGAGGAACCUUUGAAGUCCAGUGAUUGUGUGACAACUAUGUAAAAGUCAAUGUCUGAACUAGUAAUCAAGAACAGACUUAACCAUCUAUGAAAUACAAAUAUACAAUAAUUUUACAUUUUUACAAUCAUAAGUACUUCCGAUACUGUCAGAAUUCUCGGUAUAAUUGCAUUCGAAUUCAUUUAGUUUUGUUUUGUUGGUUGGCUUUUUUUGUUUUUGUUUUGUUUUGUUUUUGUUUUGUUUUUGUUUUGUUUUGUUUUUCUCAUGAAAUAACAACAAUUUAAGCUGUUAGUUUAUAUGACUAUAUCCAUGCAAUAAGCUUUUGUUGAAAGUUGAUAUAAUUGAAAAGAUUAGCUUGUACUGUGUAAAUGGUAAGUGAAUUAAAUUUCUUUUGUUACAUCAA